AUGCUUUCCCAAAAGGACACUGUAAAGCUCGCCCGUCGCCCAUUUACGAUGUCGUCAGCUAGAGUGCAUUUCUAUCAAGACGAGGGAGACAAGGAUACACGAAUGUAUGCCUUACUCUUUCGUUGGCGUUCGUACAUCCUUGUCUCUUUCGUAGCGUUGCAGCUGCCGAAUGGAAUGCCGCGGGGUUUGCGCGGAACUGUUCCCGAGUCCGUGGCCGAGUGUGGCUCGUCGAGUGCGGGGGGGUGUGGGGGCGACGGGAGGGGGGGGGGGGAGGGG